UCCUAAGAUUAUAUCUGCAACUGGACUGAUUAAAUAAGUCAGUAACAUAGGAAGGGCUUAAACGAUUUUUAACUUUAUACAUAAGUAUAGCUAUAUCUUGUAAUCUACGAUCGUUCAGAGUACUUAGGUUAGCCCAUUUCAAAAGUGUUGCAUAAUCACUAGUCCUAUUACGGUACAUAGCUCUCAGGGCUCGCUCCUGAACACGCUCCAACUUUCUCCUAUCCGAAGCACGACAAUGAUGCCAUACUGUGUGACAGUAGGUCAGUAUUGGCAGUAUGGCAGUCUUGUAUAUCUUUAUUGCCUUUUGUAUAUCUUUAUUGCCUUUUGUAUAUCUUUAUUGCCUUUUGCCGUGAGUUUAGUUUGUUUUGCCGUGAGUUUAGUUUGUUUUGCCGUGAGUUUUUGUUUUGCCGUGAGACUUGUGGGCCACCGUAAAUAGUAGACUAGUCUAGCGCAGGUCUAAAAAUAAUAGGAAGUGUCUAGAUACCCGGGACCCGGGAAUGAUUUUCAAAAUACUAGAUACCCGGGAGUUUUUAGUUUUUAUUAAAAAUCCCCGCUAAUGAUAACUUUCAUGGAUUCAAAGUCUUCUAACUUUGUUUAGGAUAGCAAAGCGCUUCUUAGAAUCCUUAGACAUUUGAUGAAUAUGCAUUCGCCGAGUCUCGCCAUACUAUAUACACGGCGUCCAAGUAGAAAAAUUUCACUAGUAAACAAGGUCCCGGGAACRAUUUUCAAAAUACUAGAUACCCGGCUGUCGAGAACCUGCCUGGAAAUUCUACAAUUCUUUAGUAUCUUCUCUUAUUUUCUUUGAUAAUCACACUAUAAAGUAGUGCGGUAAUAUAAUCGACAAAAAUCUCCUUGUCACGUCACGCAAAUGAAAUGGAUCUUUUGAAACCAGGACUCAAAAAUCUAGGAAAUACGUGUUUUGUAAACUGCAUUUUGCAGUGUAUUGUGUACAACAAACCUCUCAUGACCUUCAUCAAAGAACAUGCAGUCGAAGGAAAACACGGUAAGACCUACAACCAACUAUAUUUGGAUUCAUAGACAUUAAAGUGUGCACGUGUAAUAUUUUUUUCCCAAUCAAUUUGCAGAUCAUGGAGAUGGAUUUUGCAUUGUCUGUGCCCUCAAAGAACUUGAGCUCAAUGUGUGUGGUGGCAAUAAUGGUAUUAUUGACUUGUCCCUAGUUAUAUCGUUGACAACUUACAAGUACUCUCUGAGAAUUUCAUCAAAAUGCCUGGUGGAUCAUUUGAUCAGCAAGAUGCACAUGAGCUGUUUUUGAAUAUCAUGGGAGCUAUAGAAACUUGCACUCAAAAAAAUGGAUUUCCAGCUUUACUCUUAAACAUUGGAGGAGAGACAACUAGCUCAGUUAGAUGCAGUGUAUGCAACCACACCAGCUAUUGUAUUACUCCAAUGUAUGGCUGUAGCAUUGACAUUCCGGCAACGUGCAAAUCUUUGGUACAUGCUUUAGAAGCUUACUUUGCUGCAGAUAUACUUGAUGGUAACAAUAAAUUCUUUUGUGCAAGGUGUGGUCAACUGACAAGAGCGGAGAAAAAACUAUCUGUCACAGAAUUACCUAAAGUUCUUCCUCUUCAUUUAAAGAGAUUUUCCAUGGGAGGAUCUASAAAAAUCAAGACCAAACUGGCCUAUCCUGAAACACUACAGUGCAACAUGUUUAGUGAUGUUUCACAGGAACAUGCCAGCAAAUAUACUCUGAACAGUGUUGUUGUGCACAAUGGGGAUAGCUGUAAUUCUGGCCACUAUUCCAGUUUCUGUAAAGUAGACAACAUAUGGUUUUCUAUGAACGAUCAACAUGUCACUAAAGUGUCAGAUGUAGAAGCUCUCAAUCAAGAAGCUUACAUUUUGUUUUAUGUCCUGUCUGAUAAGGAAGUAAAAGAAAAGGUUAGCUAAUCUUUGUUUAAAAUCUAAUUAAUUGCCCUAUAAUUAUACA